AUGUCAAAAAAGCUCUCUUUUGACGAUUUUUUGAAGCAGCAGCAGCAGGCCCAGCAGCAGCCUCGUGGCUACGGCUACAAGUACCUGGGCCAGAGCUUCCAGCCGGGCCAGAACUACCAAUACUCAGGCCAAUCCUUCCAACCAGGCCAGUAUCAGGCCUACCAGGGCUAUGACCAGGGUUUCCAGAGCCAGAGUAUGAGUGAAGCUCCUUCCGGCGCUGAAUCUAGAAUCACCAGCGGUGCUGGAACUCCCAACCCAGAUGCCUCCACCACCUCGCUUUCAUCCUUGGGUUCUGCGUUGAACAAGCUCAAACUCGAGGAGUCUCCCAUCCUGGAGCACUUGACCACGAUACAAAAGUCUUCGAAGCUCAGCGACUCCAAAAAGGAGGCCGAGGCUAUUGCCCAGAAGGUGGCUGAGCUGCCCUCUAUGAGCGUCUUCACCGAGUGGAAGAUUGUCGAUAUUGUCAAGAACUUGGCCAAGGCUAGAAGCUCGCCUUUGGUCAGAGAGUCUGCCCUUCUCAUUGUCCAGCAGCUUGCAUUCAGCUUGAGUAACACUCCUCCAAAGGAGCUGUACUUGGUGCAGUUCCUCAGCAUCAUCCUCGAGGCAUUCACAGACAAGGACAAGAACGUCAUCAAGACGGCCAAGCAGACGCUUGACAUUGUUUACGGCGUUUUGCCUGCGGAGAUCUUGGGCAGCUUGUUCAUCGACGAGAUCAUCAACUACCUUAACUCCUCGGCUAAGUGGAACACCAAGAUCGCUGCUUUGGAUGUCGUGGACAAGCUCGUUGACGAGGCUCCUGCCGAUUUAUUGGAAAUGAAGUUCGUCACCGCUGUGCCAGCUUUGACUGACAUGGCCACUGACUUCAAGCCUGAGUUGGCUAAACACGGAUUGGCCACUUUGAAGCGUUUCGUCAAGGUUUUGGACAACUUGGACUUGCAGAACAAGUACGAUUUGAUUGUGGAAACCUUGGCCAACCCACAAAAAGUUCCAGAGUGCAUCAAAAACUUGUCUUCCGUUACAUUCGUUGCUGAGGUCACCGAGCCUGCUUUGUCUCUUCUUGUUCCAAUUCUCGACAAGUCCUUGAAGAUGUCCUCUUCCACCAACGACCAGUUGAGACAAACCGUGACUGUUACCGAGAACUUGACCAGGUUGGUCAACAACAAGAGAGAAAUCGAACACUACAUUCCUAUCUUGUUGCCUGGUGUGGAGAAGGUUGUCAACAACGCUUCCUUGCCUGAGGUCAGAAACUUGGGCGCCAAGGCUCUUAAUGUUUUGAAGGAGGCUGAGAAUGAGCAGACCGACGGUAAGUUCCACGGAAGAAUUUCCUUGGAGGACGCUAAGAAGCACCUCAAGGAGGGACUCUCCGAAGACGUCAAGCCUGUCGCUGAAGCUGUGUUUUCCGACGAGACUGAGGCCGACUACUUGGCUGUCAUUUUGCAGAUUGACGCUAACGUUAACGAUUGGAAGCGUUUGGCUGAAUAUCUUCAAAGCGCCGUUCCGGUCUCCGAUUCUAUCUCCGAGGAGCUCAAGAACAAGUACGUUGAAGAGGUUGUUAAGAAUGUCAAGCACCUCUUUGUGGACACUUCCCUGGCCGACAACGACGACGACGAGGGUGCUAUUGAGAUUGUAAAUGCCGACUUCUCCUUGGCCUACGGUUCCCGUAUGUUGUUGAACAAAACCAACUUGAGAUUGUUGAAGGGACACAGAUACGGUCUUUGUGGUAGAAACGGUGCCGGUAAGUCCACCUUGAUGAGAGCCAUUUCCAAGGGUCAGUUGGAAGGUUUCCCAACACCAGACCAGUUGCGUACUUGCUUUGUUGAGCACAAAUUGCAAGGCGAGGAAGGUGACUUGGACUUGGUGAGCUUCAUUGCAUCCGACCCUGAGUUGGCUAAUGUUGGCCGUGAGGAUAUCGCCAAGGCUCUUCAUGCUGUUGGUUUCCCAGAGGAGAGAUUGACUCAGCAGGUUGGCUCUUUGUCGGGAGGUUGGAAGAUGAAGUUGGAGUUGGCUAGAGCUAUGUUGAUGAAGGCCGAUGUUUUGCUUUUGGAUGAGCCUACUAACCACUUGGAUGUUGGAAACGUCAAGUGGCUCCAAAACUACUUGAUCGAGAACACAAACAUCACCUCCUUGAUCGUCUCGCACGACUCCGGCUUCUUGGAUUCUGUGUGUACCGAUAUCAUCCACUACGAGAACAAGAAGUUGGCUUACUACAAGGGUAACUUGUCCGAGUUCGUCAAGGUCAAGCCAGAGGGCAAGUCUUACUACACCUUGAGCGACUCUUUGGUCAAGAUGGCCUUCCCUCCUCCAGGUAUCUUGUCUGGUGUGAAGUCCAGUACCAGAGCCAUUGCCCGUAUGAGCAAUGUCACAUUCACUUACCCAGGUGCAGCCAAACCUUCCUUGAACAAUGUCUCUUGCAGUUUGUGUUUGUCCUCCCGUGUGGCUAUUGUUGGACCUAAUGGUGCCGGUAAAUCGACUUUGAUCAAGUUGUUGACCGGUGAGUUGGUGCCUGCUGAAGGUAACGUCGAAAAGCAUCCAAACUUGAGAAUUGGUUACAUUGCCCAGCACGCCUUGCAGCACGUUGAACAGCACAAGGAGAAGACCGCAAACCAGUACUUGCAAUGGCGUUACAGAUUCGGUGAUGACCGUGAGGUUUUGUUGAAGGAGUCCAGAAAGAUUUCCGAUGAGGAGAAGCAAAUCAUGGAGAAGCUCAUUGACGUCGGCGAUGGUCAGGGACCCAGACAGAUUGAGGCUCUUGUGGGAAGACAGAAGUUGAAGAAGUCGUUCCAGUACGAGGUGAAGUGGAAAUACUUCCUUCCAAAGUACAACUCGUGGAUUCCUAGAGAUUCGUUGAUCGAGCAAGGCUUCGAGAAGUUGGUGCAGAAGUUCGACGAUCACGAGGCUUCUAGAGAGGGUCUUGGUUACAGAGAGUUGACGCCUAAGGUCAUCAGAAAGCACUUUGAGGAUGUUGGUUUGGAUGGUGACAUUGCCGAUCACACUCCAAUGGGAUCCUUGUCGGGUGGUCAAUUGGUCAAGGUUGUUAUUGCCGGUGCCAUGUGGAACAACCCUCAUUUGCUUGUUCUCGAUGAGCCCACUAACUAUUUGGACAGAGACUCCUUGGGAGGUCUUGCUGUGGCCAUUCGUGACUGGAGCGGUGGUGUGGUGAUGAUUUCGCAUAAUAACGAGUUCGUUGGAGCUUUGUGCCCUGAACAGUGGCAUGUUGAAAACGGUGCUGUCGUUCAAAAGGGAAGUGCUGCUGUUGAUGCGCUGAGAUUUGCCGAUGGAGCCGAAUCCAAGGAUGGCUCGCCCGCGCCUGAACCUGUCAAGAAGAGAGCCGACGACGACGAUUCUCCUGCCAACAUCAAGGUCAGAACUAGAAAAAAGAAGAUGACCAGAAACGAGAAGAAGGCCCAGGCCGAGAGAAGAAGAUUGCGCCACAUCGAGUGGUUGAGCAGUCCUAAGGGCACGCCCAAGCCCGCCGACACUGACGAGGAGGAGGAUACUAACAACGCCAGAGGGAAAUUGGUCCAGAUCGAAUACGCCCUUAAUGCUGUGAAACAGGGUGUCACGACAAUCGGCAUCAAGUCUGCUUCAGGAGUGGUGCUUGCCACCGAGAGAAAGUCCAACUCCAACCUCUUGAAGAAUGACUGCAACACAAAAGUCGAAAUGAUAACCCCAGAUAUAGCCAUGACCUAUUCAGGCAUGGGGCCCGAUUUCCGUGUGCUUGUGGAUAGAGCACGUAAGUUGGCCCACACCAACUACAAACGUAUAUACAACGAGUACCCUCCUGUGAAGAUCAUGGUCCAGGAGCUCGCCAAGGUGAUGCAAGAGUCCACGCAAAGUGGAGGUAUCAGGCCCUUUGGCGUGUCGCUCUUAGUGGGUGGUUACGACCAUCAUCUGGGCAGCUUUCAAUUAUACCAGGUUGACCCUUCGGGUAGUUAUUUCCCCUGGAAAGCCACUGCCAUCGGCAAGACGGCUGUUUCAGCCAAGACGUUUUUGGAGAAGCGCUGGGACGAAGACUUGGAGUUGGAGGAUGUCAUCCACGUGGCGCUCCUAGCAUUGAAGGAGUCUGUGGACGGUGAGUUGAUUGGCGAGAACUUGGACAUCUCUGUCGUGAGCGACCCACAGGAUCACUUGUUGGGUUUCACAGGCACUGACAUUGAGGGUCCUCGUGUGAAGCAGUUGCUGGCGGAGGAGAUCAAUGACAGGCUUGAGGCGUUGUAG